AUGGCUCGCAAGACUGCGACAAUAGCGACGCGAGGCAUGGAGAUCAAAGGCGCCUUCAUGCACGCAUUCUCCAUUGUCACGCUCGGUAUCUUCGUAGCAGGAUACUCGACUGCCCGCUGGGACCUCACUACUCGCCUCUACGAGCUAGCAAUCUUUGCUUGGGACCACGGCGUUGUCGCCAGAGUCACGAAAGGCUUUGCGAUCCUGUCGUUGUUCUUCUUUCUGCUUGUGCUGCCUUUUGCGCGCCUUGCGACCGAGGAGACAGAUCUUGUCGGUGCAGCCUACGUGAACUGCGAUUAG